AUGGGGAUCAUGAAAAAACAUCUAAAUCAGCAGAGAUUAACAAUGGAGGGAAAUCCAAGAAUGGGUGGAGAAAUUAGGCAGCAGUCCAUGGUGCAGGAUAAUAAGAUUGCUAGUAGACUCCUUGGGCCUCAUGCUGUCUCAGGAGGUGCGCUGGAACAAAUUCAGCCAGGGAUACAAUUGCACAACAGGAUGGCUGAGCACCAGGCCCUCACAGACCUGAUCAAAAUAUACCCUAAAUCAUCCGUGGAACUGGGAGAGCCCAACACCCUCAUCUGUUUCAUCGACAAGUUCUCCCCACCAGUGAUCAAUGUCACGUGGCUUCGAAAUGGAAACCCUGUCACCACAGGAGUGUCUGAGACAGUCUUCCUGCCCAGGGAAGACCACCUUUUCCGCAAGUUCCACUAUCUCCCCUUCCUGCCCUCAGCCGACGAUGUCUAUGACUGCAAGGUGGAGCACUGGGGUUUGGACAAGCCUCUUCUUAAACACUGGGAGUUUGAAGCACCAACCCCCCUCCCAGAGACAAAAGAGAAUGUGGUGUGUGCCCUGGGCCUGGUUGUGGGUCUGGUUGGCAUCAUUGUCGGAACCAUCUUCAUCAUCAAGGGCAUGCGCAAGGUCAAUGCUGGUGAACGCCGAGGGCCUCUGUGAGGCACCUGCAGGCAAUGCAGUUUCCUAGAGAGAAGAUCAAUGAAGAAAUUUGUGCUUCAGUAGCUUUAUAAACCUGGCAAUAUUUCAACCAUUCAUCUCGCUGAAGACAACAAUUCUUCCACAUUUUCCAGACCUUUAGCUGUUCUAAUAAUAAUGAUGCCUUCCUGCUCUGUCCACAUUCUGAUAUCUAGUUAUUCCCUGUUUGUUGCCCCUUCUUGG